AUGGUUCCAUACAUUACUUUUCACAAUUCCCUGAAUUUUCGGCCAUUCAAGAUGUGAGCUUCAUUUCCCCGGUUUCCAUGAUUGCGCGCCCUGAUAAUCGCCUCUUCUUCGCCUUUUGUGUUUUUCGUUGGUUUUUUUUCCUGUGAAACCGGUAACUCGCCCAGGCCUGAGUACUUGGGAAUGAAACGUAUACUAGUGCCGAAACUAUAACGGAGAAGGAGAUUUCACUGAACUCUCCUUUUUCCGGUCAAUAAAGGGCCAAUUUCGAAUAGCGAUACAACGAGAUGCUUAACAGUAAAUUUCCUUCCGUCUUCUGUUAGCCCCCUUUUUCACGGAACAAAUCGAAUAACCUUUUUGUAUGAAAAGUUAAAUUUACAAUUUUUUUUUAUGAUUAGAGUUCACUUUGCUAUACAUUUUAUCAGUUGAUCACAUUCGAUCAAAAAAUUUUACAAGUGAUAAAAACUUCUCCCUUCCCAAUUUGCUUUCAAAUUUCCCGCGUCCAAUGGAGCGCGCUUGCACUCACUCCCAAUUAGUGUCUGAUAUUUACGUUAGCGUUCAGGGACUAGAAACCUCCGCGAGACCCACGCGAAAAAUCACCGUGCAGGAGACUGUGUGAAUGGAGAAGUUGUUCCUCUGUAGUUCACGUUGUGCGUGAUUUGAUUAUCUGUUAUUCUCUUAACAUUUUAGUUAGUUAAAGAAAUCGGGAAAGCAAAAGGAUUUCUAUGUAAAAACUAGAACCGUCGAUACUAAUUUUGAUGUGACAACUUUCGACCAGCUUUUUUCCGUGUAAUUUGCAAUAAUUUUGACCUUCUAAAGCAUCAUUGUAAAUUGCGCCCCAAGUUAUCGUACACUUUUGAUAAAAGCUCAUUCAGAAGACAAUGGAACGAUUGACAGCGAAGAGACUAGAGGCUUCGCUCUUCACAACGUCCAAACCGAAUGACAACAUGCACUUGUGCGUGGUAGCAAUCACCGAGAAACUUGCUGUUUCUUUCCAACACGGUCCCCAUUCGACGCUCAUGAAAGACGACAAAAUCACCUUGUACAACGUAGUUGAUCCGGCUAUUCAACACGAGGUUUUCUUUUCCAAUUUUCUGAACUACUUUCUGAAUUUAGGCUGUCGUGCUAGCACUCUCUGAAGUACAUGACGUGAUUGCUUUUGAGCUCGUUAACGGAAAGUUCGCGUUCUAUCCAAAUGCGUCGGACGCGAUGUUUCGUGGAGAGAGUUACAAGCAGUUGGGUGUUAAUGAACAACGAAUGCCGACGUGGAAAGACGGCACAGUUUCGGAACAACAUCGUAUGUCUAAUUUUUUAACUUUACAGAUAUUAACAGUUUGAUUUAGACGGAUUUUGGGUCGGAACUUCUCACGGAAAAGUUGGUGACUCUGGCUCCGGCGUAUUCGAUUAUUUUGGUCGAUUCCUCGGCAUUUCCGUUGGCAAUAAAGUUUUCUCUUUCAAGGAUCGAGAAAACAUGCCGAUCGGUGAGGUGGCUGAUCACCACCCGGCAACAAAAAUAAUCAGUUCUGAAGCCAUUUCGAUUGUGUUCUGCAUCGUGGAUUCAGAUGUGACUAGAUAUAUUUAGAUACUUGCUUUAAUUGUUGUUUUAGCCUUUUGUGCCGAAGAAGAAGAAGAUAUGUUAAAACUGAAGUAAUUUGGAGAUCUUUAAUGGGGUUAUUCAGUGACGUCAAAAAAUGGAAGAGAAUGCCAAAAAAUGAGAAAAAAAAACUAUGCAAUCGUUGCGUUUCUUUCCGUUUUUUUUUUCAUUUUUUGACAUCACUGAAUAACCCCAUUACAAGCUGAAAACUGAAAUUUUUUUUUGUGAAUGAUUUUCUCAUUUCUAUGUAAACCAUUUUCUUUCUAUAAAUUCUUUUCGUAUGGGUCGAAUAAGCUUUUAUUUCUGAAUUGUGAAGAGUGUUUAAACAUCUCUCAUAAAAAUACCUCGCAAAUUAUUGAGACGUCGAGAAAUCGUUGAAUUCGAGCAAGGUUUCUUCUCCAAGAGUGAUCACUUCCUCUUCUCUUUCGAUUUCAGCGGUAGCAGGGUGCGUUCUCGAGACCGUCUCGAGAAUCUAGUUCUCGAGAGUCUCGAGACUCGAGAUUCUCGAGACUUCUCGUUCUCGAGAGUCUCGAGACUCUCGAGACGAGACUUUUCGAGAGUCUCGCGAGUCUCGAGACGAGAGUUCUCGAAACUUUCCUGGAGACUAGAGGAAAAAUUCAUUUUCAUAUAUAUUCAUACAAUUUCCGAAGCCAAACUUUUGAAAAGGUGUAGACAAUGAACUAUCAUACAAUUUUUUUUGAAAAACUUUGUUUUUCCACGUUUGGGCACCUACAGUACUACCUGAACCUGGAGCUGUUACCCAAUAUUGUGCAUCUAGGUCACACUAGUCCCCAUAUACAUGUUCAUACAAGAAUCUCUCCCUAGGGAACACGUUGCUCGAGUCUUAUGGGGAAUGGGUUAUAUAUUGAAAAUAAAUUUUUCCUCUAGUCUCCAGGAAAGUUUCGAGAACUCUCGUCUCGAGACUCACGAGACUUCUCGUUCUCGAGACAUCUCGAGACUCGAGACUUCUCGGUCUCGAGACUCUCGAGACUUCUCGAGACUCGAGACUCACGUUCUCGAGAGUCUCGAAACGAGAUUUCUCGAAAUUUCUCGAGACUGAAGUCUCGAGAGCGCACCCUGAGCGGUAGCGUCGAAACUUAAACAUGAUCAUGAAUUGAGUCAUUCAAUACAUUCAGUGUACUCACCGUCGACAAUUGGCCCCUCUUGUGGCUCGAGAUAUUUCCGUAAACCAGCCAUCAGCUUUUUUUUCGAACGCCGAUUUUUGGAAUUUUUCACUUUGAAAUUAUUCAAAGAAAGUAAUUUUCACAAUUUUCGAACGCAUUCCGGGCCGUAUUAAAAAUUUUUCAAGACCCAGCCCGGAGUUAGAAAAAUUUAGAAUUUCAAAAGGUUUUUUUUUUGAAUGUUUUAUCAUUCUUAUUAAUAAAAGUCUUCACGGGUUUGUCUCUUUGUUUGUUUGUUUAUUUCUCCGUUUGUCCGUCCACACUUCAUUUCUAAAACGAAAAUUGUGACGGAGAAAUUAAGAAAUGAACACGUGAACUCUCAAACAGUUAUGAGAAACAAACAAGCGGCGUAACCGCUUCCGAGCGUCAGCUCGAUCUGAGUCACGGGAGGGAGGAGCCGAAGGCUCCGACACAAGACUGACGGCGGCGUUAGCCGCCAGUUGAGUCUUGUGUAUUUAUGUUUUUGGUGUUUGGUUUUUUAAAUCUGAAUUGAUGUCGAAAAUGACACAGAUAGGUCAGCUAACAAUAAAAAUCGAAAAAAGCCGAGCACUGUCGUCAGGCAAGAUCCGGCCAGUGCGGGCCGAGCCGAAAAAUUACAACUAAUCUGGUGCACUGGCUCUUGAUUUCAGAUGAGCUGAUGUCCUUUCAACUUGUGAAUUCUAAGCCUGUCAGAGGACAGUUUUGUGCGGACCUGCCAGUGUCUUGUCAGAUUAACGAAUGUCUUGUCACUUCAGGGAAUAACUCAUGCCGUGAGUUUCAUAAAUUAAAAUAGUUUGAGCAACAUGUUUUAUUCUAGUAAACAGUUCGUCUGGUAUAGUAAUAUUCAGCAAAAAUGGAACCGGGGAAGUUUUAACUCAAGAAGCCUUCGAUGUAAGUUCAUAAUUAUUCGAUCAAUCUCUCUGUUUUCAGGACAGCGGACUUCAUUUCAUUUUUACGGAUUCUACAAAUAUCGAAAUGACAAACAACUACAACCCCUUGGGAAUUGGCUCGGUAGUACAAAUUUACUGGUCGAGAAGUUUUGAACGGGUCGUUGUCGGAAAUCACAUCAUCGUUCCAAUAGAAAGAAUGGAAGUUUAUAAAUGUGUGCUCUAGCUAGAUAAAUUUUUUAAUUGUUGGGGUUAAUCACUGUAUGUUUUUCCAGUUUUUUACGUCGGAAAACUUAUUUCGGCAAUGAAAAACAGCAGUAAAAAACGUACAGUGAAGAACCCCAUCACGAGCGAACAGUGACAAAAAUCGUUAUCAGGCUGUGCAUUUCUGGAAAAAAAAGUUUUCGUCGUCUUCAAUUCUCAAUCUACGGCAGGUGUUGCGAUGGGUGUCACCGAGGUAUCCAAGCUGCUUGUUGAAAUGUUUUUAAUAUUUUUGUUUUAGAGAAAUAUGAUGGUUGCGUUUCAUCCGAAUUGCUCUCCCGAGAUUCGAGAAAAAACAUUACGAGCUCACAAUGAAGGUCAUCCUGAAUUCAGACCGUCUUAUGAAUAUGUGAGCCAUCCAGUUUUUAAGGACCUCUUGAAUCUGCUCUAAACAGAAAAACUUCGAAAAUACAAAUCGCAUGGUCAGCGUUGUUCUUGCCGCCGUUCCUUUCAAAAUUGAGAUGAGUGGAAGUAUUGAAAAAGUUCCUUUUAUUGUUAUGCGGAAAAUCGAAGAUGUGCCUAGCCGCGAAGGAUUAGCUAUAAUAACGAAGGUAGCAGCACUUUGGAGUUGUGCUUUUUAAAGGGAUUUUGGUUUCCAGGUAGUCAAACAUUUCUUCAUGGAAGCCACAUUUCUCAAAACUCCCGAUGUUGUUUUUUUCGAUGCAAAUUCUUGCCAUUCAAAUAUCUUGGUGCGUCGAACCAUCUUAUUUUUAUCCAGAUUGGUAGUUAACAGGAUAAAGUUGCUGUUGGUUCCUACAUUAGUGUCUUAGCAUCGCCAACCUUCCCGAGCUCAUGUUUUCAAUGGUACGGGUAUGAUGUUACUAUUUGCAACGUAAGAGAUUGAAAUAAAGUUGGAAAUCACUUUUUCUUACGCUCAGGUUUCGCAAAUGAGACAUACCGAUGAGAAUGAAAAUUUCCCUAAACUCGAAGGUUAGUUUUUAUUAUGUUUUGUUCGAUUCAGUGGGGGUGUUCUUGAGGAAUUCUCUAAAAAGUCUUGUGCGAUUACUCGGAUAAUUUCCCAAGAAAUUCCAGCGUAACUGUUACGCGAGAUAUGGAAAGAUUUUUCCAGUCAUAGGUGUUUUGAAUUGGGCGCCUGCAGUUCGGGACAGGCGAGUUGGCAAAAAGUUUCCAUCUUUACCUUCUUUCUAAUUUGUUUUUAUUUUUUUUCUUAAUUUCUUAAGAAUUCUUUUAAUUUCUUAAGAAUUUCGUAAGAAGGAAGAAACCCCCCAAACCCCCCUUUUCGGGGUUUUCUCCACUUUUUCCAAAACCCCCUCUCUUUCCAAUUUCCGGCCGUCCCGCUUUCCACCUUUGGAUCUUCGGGCCUUCGUCUUCUGGAAGGAUUCCGAAGGAUCCGCUGUCAGGGACCGUCCGAGCACUCCUGCUAUCUCACAAUUCUCAUUUAAGCCCACCGGCCACAGUUUCAGUUUGUUGCUCUUUUGCCAAUUUCCGAGCAGGAAUCGAACCCGAGGGCUCGUUCCGAUUGUCGGUUGCCGCCCACAACCAACUCAGGAAAAAAAGGCGCCAAUUCGGCUCCAAAAAAGGCGCCGUUCCGGAACGGCGCCGGCGCCCUUUUGGAGCCGAAUUAGCGCCGCGCGGCGCCUUUUUUCUAGAAGGCCGGGGUCGAAAAUCGAUUUUUGUUUGUAAAAAGUAGCAAAAAACGGUUAUUCCAAUAACUUUUCUUGAUCACAGAGGAAAAUCUGUAACAUGAGUAUCAAAAAACAGACUACUAUUAUCAAAAAGUUGUUUCGAAACGUCGUUGUCUCGUAGGUACUCGGGUUCCGCUCGUUCACGUCAUCAUUUCACUUCAUCGAUGUCGUCACUUCGCUUCAUCGACGCGUUCUUGAAUAUUUUCGCUGCUCUUUUACAGUUCUGAAAAUAGAAAAAAUUAGACUGAAGCACGGAUUUGAUGUAUUCAUUACCUUUCCCAGUCUCCAACAGUUGACGCUACUCUUUUUGUCAUGUUCUGCUCCGAAAAUUGACCUUUUCUAAUACCUGUAAGUACUUAAAUGAGAGCAAAGUAGAAAAGACUUGUAAAAAAAUGAAAAAAUGUGACAGUGAAAAAGAAAAGCACCAGAGAAUUGUGGCGUCAGUAGCGAUUCUCUUGGCGUACUACUCGUCGGCGCCGAGCGGCGCCGCUUCCUUUUUGGUGAAACGGCGGCGCCGAAGUGGAGCCGCCGGCGCCUUUUCGUUUUUUGGCGCCUAAAUGGUGCCUUUUUUUCCUGAGAACUGAGCCACCUGGGCUCACAUUCAUCCCCCGACACGAGGGUUAUUAUAAGGUAGGCCCUCCAAGGGGGUCCGAGGGGUCUUAACCAUGGGAGGGCUGAAAAUGGACGCCAACGCGGUCCCGGUAGUUGUCGGGACAUCGAUUUGCUUAUAUUACGGGUCUAGGCGGGGUCCCGGUUUAGUUUCUCGUUUUUUUUUCAAACAGGGGGGUCUUAUGGUUGCCGCUGGUUCGGAAAACUUUAUCUCCCGUUUCUCAAACAUUCCGCACUUGUGUUUCCAGUUCAAUUGGGUGCUUCCUGAUUGAAUGAGCUCAUUACAGAAAAAAUCAUUUUCGUGGCACCAAUUCCUAAAAAUGCCCGUGACGGCGACAAGUCAAUAAAAAAUGAUGUUGUUUUCAAUACCACCAGAAAAACUGUUGGAAAAAAAAGGUAAGAUAACUUUAAUAAGGUUAUUCAGCGGAUGUUUUUUUUUCGUUUAAGAACACUUUUUUACACCGCUGAAUUGGAUUUUUUGAAGUAAAAAAACGUUUAAAAACAUGCACUGAAUAACCCCAUAAGCUUUUCGGAGGGAGCGAGGAAUUCUCCGCGCAAACGCAAACCUAUUUGCGAAAACAUUCAACGUUUGUGCAAAUGUUUCGAACCCUUCAAAGAUAACGAGAAGGUCGCUCGUGACAGCAAGCGAGGAUUCUCAAGUAUUUCAUGCUGGAAUUUUCAGGACUGUUUUGCCGUGUUACUCGAAUAAUGCUCAGUUCAGACACCGUCAUUUUCUGCUCAAUCGGAGGUUUUGUUUUCCUUGAAAGCAAUUUUCUCAAAGCAUUUUGUUUGCAGAAUAUGUGGAAGUCUGGAAACAAGCAUAUAUCCGCAAGCUAAAGACUUUCUUGAACAUUUUCACCCUAUUCGGUCCAGUGACUAUAGUUCCUCUCUGAAAAAAUUUAUUAGAAACGUCUUAAGUAAUUAAAUGCUACAAUAAUUUUUCAAGACAAUAAAACACAUUCAGAGCCUUUCGGACUUCAUAAGGAUAUAUCGGGAGAGACAUCCCAUAAAGAUGAGCUUGUUUGCUUGAAACCACAAACAAUCCAAAAAAAUCGUCAGCCACGAAAACUGUCGAGAAAAACAUUAGAACGCAUUAUGGAUGGUAAUGGAUUUUCUAACCAAAGUGUAAUUUCUGUCCACUUUUUGGUUUUGAUGGAAUAGUUCUAUUUGUUUACAGCUUACAAACUCGAAGUUUGUAUUACCCGAUACCGCCUGGUCUCCGAAAGAAAGGCGAUAUAUCGGUGAGUUCUUUGUUGUUCAAUGUAAAUCUAUUCUGCUGGACGACCGUAAUGGGGUUAUUCAGCAAAGGUUUUUUUUCGUUUAAAAACGUUUUUGGACUUUUUGACGUAAAAAAACGUUGAAAAACAUGCACUGAAUAACCCCAUAAUUUUUGGGGAGCUCCCCGAAAUGGAAUGGUCCCGAAAAAGAACAGUCCCGAAAUGGAACUCCCACAGAAAUUAGCGUGGGAGUUCCAUUUCAGACAAUUCCAAUAGUGUUUCCAAUUUUUUACAUUCUUAAUCGAUUUUUGCCGUUAUUGAGUAUUAAAAGUUUGCACGUGAGGCUGCAGCCAAUUCAAACGAGCGAUUUUUCCCGCGUAAUUUGAAUUUUAUUUUUGCACAUACGCUUCAGCACGCCGUGCGUGGUUCUAAGUAGCGUUAUAUUCCACUAAGUAUGCGAGAACAAGAAAUUCAGGAAUUUAUGACGAUAUGGAAUGGGUGUUGAUGGCCACGUUCUGGAAGAACAUUGAACAAAAUGCGAUUAUUGUUGAAGAGGUUAACGAACGUCAGCUAAUGGGAGGAGUGAGGUUCAUAGCGAUAUGUCUAUGCAAUAUAUACAUUUCAGUGGUGGUACCGGCGGACUGUUCCAAGAGAUGUCCCUGUGACAAUAGUGAAAACUUUGCACUCAAAACGAAAUGUGGUGAAAGACUGUGAAAUGUAG